GGGGAGGAGCUGGCCUCCUCUCUGCGAGCUCUCGGGCUUCCAGUCUCAGCCGUGGUCUCCAUGGAGAUGGGGGAGCUUGGUUCCCGUAAGGCGCUGAGAACCAUCAAAGAUCUGGAUCAAGUCAGAGUGGUCAUUAUGUGCAUGCACUCGGUGCUGAUUGGUGGAGAGGCUCAAAUGGACCUACUGAACACGGCCCUAGACAUGCGCAUGGCGGAUGGGGGCUAUGUCUUCAUCCCUUAUGACACGCUGCUGUACGCCCUGCCCUACAAGAGCGUGCUCUACCCAGCCCUGGUCAAUAACACCAAUCUGCGAAGGGCCUAUGACGCUGUGCUCACGGUCACCGUGGACUCAGGGGAACGCAACUUUUAUGAGGCCUUCAGGGACGUUCAGGAGAGCCUCGAGCUCCACCCUGGCACCCCGGCUGAGCAGGUGUCGCCAUUCUUUGGAACUAUUUACAAUGCAGUGUACUUCCUGGCCAUGUGUGUGGAGCAGGCACGAAUGGGGAAGAGCCGCUGGGUGUCAGGGGAGGCUCUGGCCCGUGCCAAGGGUGGUUUCAAGUUUUCUGGCUUUAAUCAGCCUCUGUCAGCAGGCAGGAACGGGCUGGAGGCCCGGUACGUGGUGCUGGACACCGAUGGACGGGGCCCAGAGUUUCACGUGACCCAUGUGCUCGAGGCUCCACACACCCACGGCGAUAUCGGCGGCCUCAAGUACCUUGGACGUGCCAUCCACUUCCCAGGAGGAUCUCCCAGCAGCGACUCCACUUGCUGGUUCAGUCCAUACAUCACCUGCAGAGGGGGCAUUGAUGGAGCUUCCCUUUUGCUCAUUUUCAUCCUGGUGAGCUUCUUGGUGGGAGCUGGACUGUUUUUCAGGGAAAGGAUUCGGAAAGUCUGGUCAAUAUUCGGAGAAGAUGAAGAUGAAGAAGGUGCCACCAAACUGGUGCUGACCCUAGAAGAUCUGGUGUUCAUCAACACACAGUUCAGCCGAAGGAAGCUGAAUGAAGGAAACAUAAUAAAGAGUAUCCUGUAUGUGAAGACAUCCAGCAAAUUGUUAUCUGGGCAGAGUUACAUCUACACUUCUCCUGACAGCUCCAACAUUGCCGUCUUUCAGGGCGACUGGGUCUGGCUGAAAAAGUGGUUUGUUGGAGACCAGGUGACAGAGAUUAAUAAAAGCACCAAAGCCAUUUUCAGCAAGCUAAGGGACAUGAGGCAAGAGAAUCUGAACCUGUACCUUGGUCUGUUUCUGGACUGUAACAUCUUUGGUAUCGUGAUGGAGUACUGUCCGAGGGGAAGUCUGCAGGAUCUCAUCAACAAUGCGGACAUGCGUCUGGACUGGAUGUUCAAGUCGUCCCUUAUCAUGGACCUCAUUCGGGGGAUGAAGUACCUUCACAACCACAACAUCAUACAUGGCCGUCUCAAGUCUCGUAACUGUUUGGUGGACGGGAGGUUUGUUCUGAAGGUCUCUGAGUAUGGCUACAACAGCAUCAUGGACUGUCAGAAUAUCAGCAUAGAGUCCCAGGAUGCUGAGGAUUAUCUUUGGACUGCUCCAGAACUUUUGAGGAACCCAGUCCUGCAAAAGAAGGGCACCUACCAAGGUGAUGUCUACAGCUUUUCCAUCAUCCUCCAGGAGGUUGUUACCCGCAACACCCCCUUCUGCAUGCUGCACAUGCCCUCAGAUGAGAUCAUCCAGAAGCUGAAGUCUCCUCCACCACUGUGCCGGCCCAUAGUCCCUAUCGAGAAGGCCCCAAUUGAUUGCCUACAGCUAAUGAAGCAGUGCUGGAGUGAGGACCCCAAGAAGAGGCCAACCUUUGAGGAGAUCUUCCAUCAGUUCAGAAAUGUGAAUAAAGGGAAGAAGACCAAUCUCAUUGACUCUAUGCUGAGAAUGUUGGAGCAAUACUCCAGCAACCUGGAAGACCUGAUCCGGGAAAGGACGGAGGAGCUUGAGGUGGAGCGGCAGAAGACCGACCAGCUGUUGGCACAGAUGCUUCCCCGGUCAGUGGCCCAGGCCCUGAAGGUGGGCAAGCCGGUGGAGCCAGAGCAUUUUGACGAGGUUACACUGUACUUUAGCGACAUUGUGGGCUUCACCACCAUCUCGGCCCUCAGCGAGCCCAUCGAGGUGGUGGACCUACUCAAUGACCUCUACACACUCUUUGAUGCCAUCAUUGGAGAGCACGAUGUGUAUAAGGUGGAGACCAUUGGUGAUGCAUACAUGGUGGCAUCUGGGGUCCCCAACCGCAAUGGAUACCGACAUGCCGCCGAAGUGUCCAACAUGUCCCUGGACAUCCUGCACUGCAUCGGGGCCUUUAGGAUGAGGCACAUGCCUGAUGUCAAGGUCAGGAUCCGUAUCGGCCUGCACUCAGGUCCGGUGGUGGCAGGAGUAGUGGGCCUCACAAUGCCUCGCUACUGUCUCUUUGGGGACACGGUCAACACGGCCUCACGAAUGGAGUCCACAGGGUUGUCUUACAGGAUACAUGUCAACCAGAGUACCGUUGAUAUUCUGAGGAAGCUGACUAUGGGCUAUAAACUGGACAUACGAGGCAAGACAGAGCUGAAGGGGAAAGGAAUUGAGGACACAUAUUGGUUGGUGGGUAGAGAUGGAUUCAACAAACCCCUGCCCAUCCCUCCAGACUUGACCCCAGGGGCCAGCAAUCACGGAAUCAGUCUUGACGAAAUUCCCGAGGAUCGCAGACAGAGGUUCCUCGACCGGCAGAAAAGUAUGAAAUAACAGUCCAGGUAAAACAGAGGAGAAGAGAAAGUGUUUGUUUUAAAAUCAGAUUUCUGA